AUGUUUUUUCUAUUCGUUACUCUCGCGAGCUUGUCAAUGGUUGCAAUCGUGCUCUUAGCUUUGGCAUCUCCGAAAGUUAUUCAUCGGAUACUUAAUGAAAUAUUUGGGAGAACGAUUUGGGCGAGUGCUGUUUUUCGUCCCGAAGCUCCAUCAUUGGAAAAGUAUGAUUUGGAAUUUUUCCCGAAACUUGAAUCCGAUUCAUCAUCCCAGAGCCAUAAUGAUGACGAUGGAAGAGAAUGUAAUUCAAAAAUUUACAACACAAGAAUUGUCAAAGUCACUCCCUGUAAAAAGAAUUCUACGGAAUCAGUGACAUUAUUGACAUGCCCUGAUUUAUAUUCUCGUUUGAGAACCAAUGCUGUGUGUUAUACUUUACUUUAUCCUGUUCACAUAGAAGAACAAGUUUUAUUGAAAUCUUUGAGUCAAGUGCUUUCAGAAAUUCCACUUGUUGGUGCCAAGUAUUUGGAAUUGGAUUCUCAAAACAAAAAUCAUUUGAAAUUAUUGAGUGAAACAGAACAAGAGUUAGUGAAAGGGAGAAAAAAGAAGAUUCUCGUGUUGGACCAUUCCAAUGCAUUUGUGAAUGUGUUGAUACGAGGACAAACAGAUGAAAUUUCGAAACGAGUAGAUGACAAAUUGAUGAUGAAACAAGUCGAAAAUUUGGAUGACUUCACUGACCAUGAAAGGGAAGAAUUGUUUGGAGCUUUAGUUUUUGAAACAGAAACAUGUUCUCCCUAUUCAAAAAAGGAAAUUUCAAGAAUUCAGGUUACGUAUUUGAAAAGUGGGAAAAUGGUCUUGUCACUGACGUUAAAUCAUUCUGUGGGAGGUGCAGACACGGGAUAUUAUUUUUUGAGGUCUUGGUGUGAAAUGGCUAAAUUUGGAAAAUUAAGUGAAAUUCCAAUAUUGGAUCGAACUGAUAUGAUCUAUCCCAGACAUUUAUUAAGACCAUCUGAAAAUGAAACAAAAGUCAACAUGGAGGAGGAAUAUUUAUUUUACAAAUACUUACUCAGCACCAUUCAUUGUUUAUUUUUAUACAAAUCCAAAGAAAGAACUUUAAAUUUCUCAGUUUCAAAACUCGACCGUAUGAAAGAGCAAGUUCGAAAUUCCCUGUGUGAAAAACAACAAGACACUUCAAAUCUCGUCAUUUCUACCAAUGACAUCAUAUGUGGAAUUUUAUUCAAAUUGAUGGCACUUUCAGAUCCCUCUCUCUCCAAUGAGACCAUUCUCUCAUUUCGUUUUGUUGCCAAUUUUGCACCCAAAUAUCCACCUUACAACAAGAAAGGAUUUCACUUUGUUGGAAAUUCUCUCAUGGCCAUUUGGAUUCACAAAACAAAACAAGAAUUAUUGGACAUGACCCUUAACGAAUGCAUUUGCAUGAUUCGACAACACGUACUUGUUCAAUACACCGAAGAAAAUGCUCGUCAAUUUAUUAAGGAAUCAAGCCGAGCUUAUUUUGAUGAAGGAAAAUCAGACUUCUACAAACCAAUUAUUCAGAAUGUAAGAACGACGUUUUCGCUCACAAAUUGGUGUAAAUAUUCCUUUGUGCGGGAUUGUGAUUUUGGGAAAGGAGCACCUCAGAGAUUUUUGCAGUUGGAGAAAAUGGAUGCUUUGCAUCAUGGUUUUCUUGUGGAGAGUACUCCUGAAACUCUUCAACUGAAAUGUGGAUUGACGGAUCGAGAGUAUGAAAAUUUGAGAGAGAUGUGUAAGGAUUUGAUAGUCGUGUGA